AUGGCUAGGAGAUACGGGACAGUGUCCCUGGAUUGGCAGACUGGGGUGGUGGUUUCCCUUCCUGAGAAAGAGGAGAGGAAACUCUUAGGUAUAAUUGCGGGUAAUGUAGGGAAACUGCCUCAUGUGAUAAAGUACCACACAGCAACACCUCAGAGGCUGCAGGGUUGGUCCCUUUCAAACGAUGAUGCUGCUGCUGCUUCAAACAAGAAAUACCCAGAUGUAGUUCAGUACUCAGUGAACAUCACUGGAAAAAACCACACUCUGCACCUGGAGAAGAACAAAGAUCUUGUUGGGAAAAACUAUACUGUGACCUACUAUUCUGAUCAGGGUACCCAAGUUUCAACUCCCUCCGAUCAAGAGGUCCAGUGCUACUACCAUGGACAUGUUGUGGGAGUGGAGAACUCCUCCAUCAGCAUUGGCUUAUGCUCUGGAAUAAAGGGGUUUAUUAUUCUCCAAGAUCAGAUAUACCUCAUUGAACCUUUGCCUGGCGACGAGACAGGACACAGUGAUGAUGAUCUGCAUGCCGUCUACAACUACAAGCACCUGAGGAGGAAGAGGAGCUCCUGUUCCCAUGGAAACACAACCACUUUCUACGACCACGGAGCUCGUCCGUCUGGACUCUUCCAGCUUGGCAGCCUGAAAAGUAGAGCACUGAGCAAAGAGCAUAAAAACAAACCCAGGACUGUGGAGCUGGCAGUAGUGGUGGAUAAAACAGAGUACAAGAAGUUUGGUAGCGAGAGGGCUGUAGAGGCCAGAGUGCUUGAAGUAGCAAACCACGUGGACAAGCUGUAUCGCCCUGUGGGUGUUCGGGUCAUGUUGGUCGGUCUGCAUAUCUGGUCGUACAAAGAUGAGAUCGAGGUCAGCAACAACCCGGAGGUCACACUUGGUCGAUUUCUUGAGUGGCGUCGACGGCACCUGCUGCCGAGGACCAAACAUGACAACGCACAAUUCAUCACAGGUGUGGACUUUGACGGCUCCACUGUUGGACUAGCAAACACUAAUGCAAUGUGCACCUCAAACUCUGGAGCUGUCAACGAGGAUCAUAAUACCAAUUCAAUAGGAGUGGCUUCCACAAUAGCUCAUGAGAUGGGUCACAAUUUGGGUUUGUCCCAUGAUACAGAGAACUGUGUCUGUGGCUCCCUCACAUCAAAGACAGGCUGCAUCAUGGCUGAAAGUGUUGGCUUAGUGUAUCCCCAGCAGUUUAGCAGCUGCAGUCAACAGCAGCUCAGUAGGUUUUUGGAGGAGGUCAACCCUGCUUGUCUGCUAGAUACUCCCUCCACUGAUCGCAUCUAUGGAGGACCAGUAUGUGGCAAUGCAUUCUUGGAGCCUGGAGAGGAAUGCGACUGUGGGACUGUAGAGGAAUGCAAGAAUCCCUGCUGCAACGCAACAACCUGCAAGUUAAACACAGGAGCUCAAUGUGCAGAAGGAGAGUGCUGCCACAAAUGCCAACUGAAGCCGACAGGCAGCAUCUGCCGACCAAAAGCCGGAGACUGUGACCUCACAGAAUACUGCACGGGCUUUUCUGCAGCCUGUCCGACUGAUGUGUUUAUCCAAAACGGCCGACCCUGCAACCGUGGAAGAGGAUACUGCUACAAUGGGAAGUGUCCCUCGAGGCAAGAUCACUGCAAGAGACUUUGGGGACCAGAGGCUGAAGUUGCCGUAAAUGCUUGUUUCUCUCAGUAUGGAACAUGCAGAAGGACUCUGUUUAAUCAAAGAUGUUCCAGUCGGGAUCAAUCUUGUGGAAAACUGUUCUGCUCUGGCGGAUGGGAGUUCCCAGUGACAUCCAGGAAGUUCGUUUACAUAGUAGGAAACAGUAUAAAUUGCAAUGAGGCAACCAUGAACCCAGAGGACAACUACCCAUCCAAUCUGGGCAUGGUGCCUACUGGUACCAAAUGUGGUGAUAAUAUGGUUUGCUACAAUCAAAAAUGUGAAGAAAUCAAAAACAUUAAAGCCUAUGGAACAAAUGACUGCUCAUCCAAAUGUAACAACCAUGGGGUAUGCAACCAUGAGAGUAAAUGUCACUGCGAUCCAGGCUGGGCCCCCCCCUUCUGUGCUGUGCAGCAAUCAGAGCUGACUCAAGAUCCAGGCCUGGCUGUUAUGAUUGUGUCAGUGGUGGUCGGCUUACUUCUGCUGCUGCUUCUUCUUAUUGGCAGUCUGAUGUGCUUCCUCAGAAAAAGGACACCGACAAAAAGGUUUCUUCCCAUGACCUCAGGACAAUCAAACCCUGUGUUUCAAUCAAGCACCAAGCGAGGCAGUUCUCGGAUCGCAACCUCACACAUCAGCCAGCCUAAAUUUGUGGAGUCGUCUGUUUCCCAGUCCUGUAGACCUCUGUUCUCUUCUGUCAAACCACAGACUGGAGGUCUGAGGCCCUGCAGAGCAGCUCCAGAGCCUCCCAAGAAAGAGCCAUCAAUGUCUAACUUAUCAAAGGUUCACCAGGUUGCAAGGACUUUAAUGCAGCCACCAAAUAUUUCAAAGCUCCCAACUUAUCCUGAGACAAAGCCCCUCCCACCUUCUAGACCACUACCACCACUUGCGGCAAAACCAAACACAAAGCCAAAACCUCCAAUGCCUCAUCUGAAGCCCAAGCCCUCUCCAGUCCAGUCUUCCUUGCCACAUACUCAGCUGCUUAGAGGGAGAGUUCCGCUGGUUCCCCCCAGUAGGCCAAGAUGACAGUGAGAGUGAUUUACACGGUGGUAAAUAAAGGUUCACUGGCAGAGACUAUGGAAGAGCAAAAGGAGCUUCACUGAAGACACUUAUAUGUUAAAAACAAAGA